AUGGCGGAAACCACACCCUCUCGUCCGAACGACUCCCCGGAAAACUCUCCUGGUGGAGGUGAAGACAACCAGUCCCAAUCGGCAGGCCAAUCCAAGAAUCCGGCUUCCGUCAAGGAUCGAAAAUGCCAGUACUGUCAUCAGGCCUUCACAUCGUCGUCCCUUGGCCGACACUUGGAUCAAUUUCUCUUCAAGAAAAAGCCCGAUGGGAUCCACGAUGUUGAGGAGAUUCGGCGCAUUCGAAGUGGCAUCACCAGACGGCAGGCCCGCACAUCCUCCGGCAAACGGGAUACUCCUGAACGGGCCAUGGGCAAGGGCCCGUCGGAGCACCUUGCAGGCGGAGAUCACGGCGCGAAGCCGCGCGAGGGCGCGAUCAGGAUGAUGUUUAACACGCCUACGUGGCAUGCGACCGGGGUCAUCAAUGACAUUCCCAAUCCGGGUCAGACGCCGGAGGGGUCGCGAUUCGCGGCCUCGCAGCCUCGAACGGGGGCGUUGCAUCUUCCGGAUUAUGCGAGUAGGGGUGCCAGCGCCAAGGAUCCGGAUACAAUGAGGGCUUUGGAGCUGGCUCUUCGAGAGGUUCUGGAUAAUAUCAAAGCUGCAACUUCUCGGAUGCGACCCCGGCUUUCGCCGUUCGAUUUCGAUAUUCAGUCGGAGACAUUCCCCUCGCUCUGUCUUCAGCUGUUGCCUCCGCCCCCCAGUCUCUUCUCUACCAAUCCGUUCCCAUCGCCGUCAUCUUUCCCACUGAAACCUCCUGGGGCAGAACACCUUGAUAUUGUACGACAGGCAAUCCGAGCGAAGAUUGACCAGUGGCAAUCCGAUCAGCUGUCUGCGCAAUCAGCGAACAACUCUCCCGGUCGGCCCGCGCUCGGCUUGGACGCUAACAUGAUCAGCCGCAGCGCGCAGCAACAUGAAGAUAUGAGCCUGAGGCAUCUCGAGCUGGCCUUCAAACACUGGGCCUCGCUGCCACCGGAGACGCGACUAGAGGCGUGGCAUCUUGAGAUCACCCGCGCGUUCGCCCGUGAGGCGGAGAAACGGAAAAUAUUGGACGAACAGCUGGCUCGUGUCCAGCAGGAAGCCAACCAGCUACGCGCGCAGGUGGAGAAGCUGGGUUCCUGCCAAUGGCCCCGAGAAUUCGCGCUCUUCCCGCCUGACACCCUACCCCUCCCACCCGCUGUUGCGCGGGAGCUAGAUGCCCAAGAAAGCCAGAUCAGCCCCGGUUCGCCUCGAUGGGACUACGAUAGCGUUGUUGCCAAAUGGAAGCGAGUCGUGAUGCACGACAAGACCAUGGGCCGCGUCGGCGUCGGGUAUGGCAAUCCUCCGCUCGAUGAUCGCAGCAGCGCGGACACCAAACCCCGCGCGACAGAGGAGCCGCCUGCCUCUGCUCCUGCAUCUGCACCUCCCUCUGCUCACCCCAGGUCGCGAGCCCUGCAGCCCGCUCCUGGCCCCGCGCUUGCCUCAAGCCCGGACCAGUCGUCGUCGCAUACCGGCGGCGCCUCGGCCCCAUCCAGCCAGAACACCUCGCCUUAUCUCCGGAGUCCCCAAGCAGGUCCGCAAGCCAAGCGUCCUCGAUUAAUGAAUGGUGCAGAUGGUGGCCACACUUCGGCUGCGAAUCCGUCGGCCGCUCCGACGAAUACGUGGAAUCCGCACAGUCACCAGUCCCUUGCGGUUUCGAACUUGGCUAGUCCGUCUGGACCGCCGCCUAGCUCUGGGGCGUAG